UCAUUCGGAUUCCGAGAGCGUUUGGCUAAUCGUCUUCCCCGUUUACACAUCACACGGCGCACGUACACACACGCACACGCACACACACACACACUUCACAGUCCACAGUGCACACAACAAUAAUAGUGUUAUUAUAGUCAUCGUUCGGGAUCGUUGCGCUGCUGCUUCCGUCCGUAUGUUUUGCUGGUGACGUAUUGCGCCCGCGGUUGGUGUGUGUCGCCGUGUGGUCCACGCAGGGACGUUGGACAUUUAAGUAUUCGUUGCAUAAAUCGCCCGUGUGUCGUUUGAUCGUCCGGUGUAGUACAAGCUCGGGCGCCUGCCCGACACCCGUACCCGCUAAUAAUGGCUGGCAAUAUGGGUAUGGAGCAGUUGAUACCGAUCGUCAACAAGCUGCAAGAUGCUUUCACGCAGCUGGGUGUGCACAUGCAACUGGACUUGCCCCAGAUAGCCGUGGUGGGCGGACAGAGCGCCGGUAAAAGUUCCGUGCUGGAAAACUUUGUCGGAAGGGAUUUUCUACCAAGAGGAUCAGGAAUUGUAACACGUCGGCCUCUAAUUUUGCAACUUAUACAUAGUACAUUAGAAUAUGGAGAGUUUCUUCAUUGUAAGGGAAAGAAGUUUAUGGACUUUGAUGAAAUAAGACGCGAAAUUGAAGCUGAAACUGAUAGGAUGACUGGUUCUAAUAAAGGCAUAUCAAAUGUACCUAUUAAUUUGAGGGUAUAUUCACCAAAUGUUCUAAACAUCACAUUGAUCGAUUUGCCGGGUCUCACGAAAAUAGCAGUAGGCGAUCAGCCAGUUGACAUUGAGCAACAAAUUAAAGAAAUGCUGUUCCAAUUCAUAACAAAAGAAACGUGUCUUAUUUUGGCUGUCACUCCAGCUAACACUGAUCUGGCUACUUCAGAUGCUUUACAAAUUUCCAAACAAGUUGACCCAGACGGAAUGCGAACUAUUGGUGUUAUUACAAAAUUGGAUCUGAUGGAUGAGGGAACUGAUGCCAGAGAAGUAUUAGAAAACAAACUUUUACCUUUAAGACGUGGAUAUAUUGGUGUCGUAAACAGGAGUCAAAAGGACAUUGAUGGACGUAAAGAUAUAAAGGCUGCGAUGGCUGCAGAAAGGAAAUUUUUUUUGGGGCAUCCAUCCUACAGACAUAUGGCUGAUAGACUCGGUACGCCUUACUUGCAAAGAGUUUUAAACCAACAGCUAACAAACCAUAUUAGAGAUACUUUACCUGGUCUCAGAGAUAAGUUACAAAAACAACUACUUGCUUUAGAAAAGGAUGUAGAACAGUUUAAAUACUUUAAACCCGAUGACCCAGCUAUUAAAACUAAAGCUAUGCUACAAAUGAUACAACAGCUUCAAUCAGAUUUUGAGCGCACAAUUGAAGGUUCUGGUUCUGCUCAGAUAAAUACAAAUGAACUUUCGGGAGGUGCUAAAAUUAAUCGCUUGUUCCAUGAACGUUUUCCAUUUGAAAUAGUGAAAAUGGAAAUUGAUGAAAAAGAAUUGAGAAGAGAAAUAGCAUUUGCUAUAAGAAAUAUUCAUGGUAUAAGAGUUGGUUUGUUUACACCUGAUAUGGCGUUUGAGGCAAUUGUAAAAAAACAAAUUUCUAGAUUGAAAGAGCCAUCAUUAAAAUGUGUUGAUCUCGUUGUUAAUGAAUUAUCUAACGUUGUUAGAAUUUGUACUGAUAAGAUGUCUAGAUAUCCUCGUUUAAGAGAGGAAACUGAACGUAUUAUUACAUCUUAUGUCCGUAACCGUGAUCAGUUGUGUAAAGAACAGUUAAUCUUAUUGGUUGAAUGUGAAUUGGCCUACAUGAAUACCAACCAUGAAGAUUUUAUUGGAUUUGCAAACGCCCAACAGUCAAAUGAGAAUUCAAAUAAAACACAUAAGUUAGGUAACCAAGUGAUUCGCAAAGGUUGGAUGUGCAUACACAAUUUGGGUAUCAUGAAAGGUGGAUCAAGAGAUUAUUGGUUUGUGUUGAUGUCCGAAAACAUCUCGUGGUUCAAAGACGAAGAGGAAAGAGAAAAAAAGUAUAUGUUACCAUUGGAUGGAUUGAAAAUUAAAGAUGUUGAACAAGGUUUCAUGUCACGUCGUCACACUUUUGCCCUAUUUAAUCCGGAAGGUCGUAAUGUUUAUAAGGAUUAUAAACAACUAGAACUAAGUUGUGAGACACAAGAUGAUGUGGAUUCAUGGAAAGCUUCAUUUUUGCGUGCUGGAGUUUAUCCUGAAAAGACCUCAGAUGCAUCAAACAGCGAUGAGGAUGGUCAUCAGAGUAGUUCAGAGUCUACCACAUCGAUGGAUCCAGUUUUGGAACGACAAGUCGAAACAAUUAGAAAUUUGGUUGACUCAUACAUGAAAAUUGUCACUAAAUCUUGUCGCGAUCUAGUCCCAAAAAUUAUUAUGCAUUUAAUUAUUAACAAUGCUAAAGAUUUUAUUAAUGGAGAACUUCUAGCUCAUUUGUAUGCAUCUGGUGAUCAGUCUCAAAUGAUGGAAGAAAGUGCAGAAGAAGCAGUUAAACGGGAAGAAAUGAUGCGCAUGUAUCAAGCAUGUAAGGAGGCUUUAAGAAUAAUUGGGGAUGUUUCAAUGGCCACCGUAACUACACCUGUUCCACCACCUGUAAAAAAUGAUUGGCUAGCUUCUAGUCUUGAAAACCCAAGGUUAUCGCCUCCAAGCCCUGGUGGUGCCGGACGUAGAGGAGUGCCUUCGACUCAACCUCCUGCAAAUGCUGCAUCUAGAGCACCUCCUCCACCACCAGCUUCAGGAAGACCAGCUCCAGCUAUACCCAAUAGACCAGGACCUGAGCAAGGACGGCAACCACCUGCUCCACCUGGGCGACCUAGUGGUCAAGGCUUACCCCCUCCUCUAAUACCUUCGCGAGGAUCAAUGCCGCAAAUACCACAGCGUGUACAGCAGGCGGUUGGUCAAGCUGUUGCACAAGUAGCUGUCAAUGAACUCACCAACGCUUUUGCCAAUCGUUUUAAGUAAGCCAUGUAUUUUGCUUACUGGCUGUAAAAUACAAAGUAUGCACGCAAAGGAACUGUCUAGAUACGAUUUUUCUUCUAUUUAACAAGCGGGUGAAUGUGAAUAGGAAAAAUUCUUUGUUUAAUUAAAAACAGGCUUUUUAUUGUUUCCCUAGGCUUACUUCAUAAGUAUUUUAAAAACAUAGUCUAGUUGUGAUGUACGUAUCAAAUGUGAUUAUUAGUUUUUAGAAGAUAAACACAUAUAUGUUUUGUUUGUUAUGUACAUAAACAAUGAUGUAUUACCGAUUGCCUAAUUAUUUUAUUAUUUUUUAUGAAAAGAGGCUCUGUUAUCGUUAUUUACUAUUAAUUAUUCAUUCCAUUAAUUAUUGUGUUUAAUUAUACUUCAAUUACAUGUAGGUUUUUAAAAAAACCUCUUAACAAUCACAUUAUUCCUAAAUAUUUAUUGCUAUAUAUUCAA